AUGCCCGUGGAUACUGACACUUGGAAUAGCUUGGAACGGCUUGAAAGAACAGUGGGUGCUUUGCUCGAUCGACUUGGAGAAGGCCCAACCAGAGCCACCGAUCAUGAGUCGAAUGAGAAUGCAACCGCGCAGACAACAUCGGAGGCUGGCGAUACGUAUAAGGACGCGCACUCUUCCGCUGCUCCUAUGAUGGUCAUUCGUGAUCUCGCAACCGACACUGGUGUCAGACCAUCUUCUGAUUCCAGACCUCAUGGAGCAUUGUUGGAUGAUCUCAUUGCGCCUGGCCUUGCUCUUACGCUCAUCCAAAUGUACGCCGAUACCCUGCCGGUCUUUUUUAAUUUGGAUUACUUGUUCAAUCAUCGCCGACUUCCUAGUGACUUUGUUCCAGUUUUCUCGAGCAUUAUGGGCGGUGGGUUCUCCUCGACCCGCAAAGUGAGCCCCAUGCAGUCCUCAGCCAAAUAA